CCCAUCAGUCUAGGAGGACAACCACAUUAACACCACUGCCGUCAAGUGAUGACCCGUCCAGUCUCCUCGUCCGAAGCCAACGCUACUACCGGGGGCUUGGAGCUGCAUAGCACCAACGCUCCGCGGACUGACCCCAAGAACUAGACGUGAUUAACCCAAAGAAGCGAACAGAGAUUUGUUUGAUUCGAACUCCCAGGACUACUUAUCUUCUAAAGGAAUGAUUUAACUAAUUUCAUUUUCCCCCUCACUCAAGCAAGCAGCGGCCGUUGUGUUCAAUUACACCAUGCUCAUUGUCUCGUCCCGCAGUGCGCUGCUGUCCGUCUACUAUCCCCAGAUCUUCCUCAUCCUCACCAGCGGUAGCUACCUGGCAUUGUCCUCGGUGGUAGCGUUGGGUGCUAACAUCAUUUGCAACAAGAUCCCUGGACUGGCCCCAAGGCAGCGUACCCUCUGCCAGAGCCGCCCGGACGCCAUCAUCGUCAUCGGCGAAGGUGCACAGCUGGGCAUCAAUGAAUGCCAGUACCAGUUCCGCUAUGGCCGCUGGAACUGCUCCGCCCUGGGCGAGAGGACCGUAUUUGGACAAGAGCUGAGAGUAGGUAGCCGAGAGGCGGCUUUCACCUAUGCCAUCACUGCGGCUGGCGUGGCACAUUCGGUGACAACAGCGUGUAGUCAGGGCAACCUGAGCCAGUGUGGCUGCGACUGGGAGAAGCAGGGCUACCAUGACCAGGAGGAGGGCUGGAAGUGGGGAGGCUGCUCGGCCAACAUCAAGUACGGCGUGGAGUUCUCCAUACGCUUCGUAGAUGCUCGAGAGAUCAAGAAGAAUGCCCGACGUCUGAUGAACCUGCAUAAUAAUGAGGCAGGACGAAAGAUCCUGGAGGAGCAUAUGAAGCUGGAGUGUAAGUGUCACGGCAUGUCGGGCUCCUGCACAACCAAGACCUGCUGGACCACCCUACCCAAGUUCCGGGAGAUCGGCUACGUCCUGAAAGAGCGCUAUGGCGAGGCGGUCCAAGUCGAACCGGUCCAGGCCUCGCGUCUCCGUCAACCCUCCUUCCUGCGUCUGAAGGAGUCGCGAGGGUACCAGAAACCCACGGACACAGAUUUGGUCUACCUGGAGAGGUCUCCUAACUACUGCGAGGAGGACACGGCGACAGGGAGCACAGGGACGCGGGGGAGGCUGUGUAACCACACGUCACCCCAUACCGACGGCUGCAAUCUGAUGUGUUGUGGUAGAGGCCACAACACCCACCAGUACACCCGCGUGUGGCAGUGCAUCUGCAAUUUCCAGUGGUGCUGUUUUGUGAAGUGUAACAUGUGCAGUGCGAGGUCUGAGGUGUUCACCUGCAAAUGAUGGAUGGAUGGAUGGAUGGAGGAGGGGGACAGAGAGAGCUGGGAAAAGGGACAAGGGACAGGGCAAGGCCAUGAGAGAGGAUACAAGGAAAGGAAAAAAGGAUAUUAGGACAUGGGGAAGAACUGUUCAGGAUGUACUCUACAGUGGACUUGGAAAUUGUUAGAUUCUUCAUGACUUCAUUUUGCACAUUGGACAUCCUAUUUCAUUUGGAAAACAAAGAUUAAAUGAACUAAAAUGACUUUGAUAGAAAGUACUUUGAGAAGUAGGCUGCCUUGGUGGAAGAGUGUGGUAACAUCUCACAGCAAGAACUGGCAAAUCUGGUGCAGUCCAUGAGGAGGAGAUGCACUGCAGUACUUAAUGCAGCUGGUGGCCACACCAGAUACUGACUGUUACUUUUGAUUUUGACCCCCCACCCCCCUUUGUUCAGGGACACAUUCUUCAAUUUCUGUUAGUCAUAUGUCUGUGGAACUUGUUCAGUUUAUGUCAUUUAUUGAAUCUUGCUAUGUUCAUACAAAUAUAUACAUGUCAAGUUUGCUGAAAAUAAACGCAGUUGACAGUGA